AGGCAGAAGGGAGGGCCGAGGCCGAGCAGAGUUGCGAGGCAAAACUGAUGGUCACAUGAGCACGGAUCUGUUUACAAACCCAAGGCAGAUCCGAGCAGCGCAGGAGGCGUCAGGAGGGAAAAGGCGAGACCGCGAGCUCACUCCCAGCACCGUUACGGACUGAAGGAGGAAGAGGAGAAGACGACAAGGCCAGCUGGAGGUGCUGCAGACUGACGGCGACAGAACACACUCUUUGCUUACACACAUCGCCUUUGUCUCUCUGUUUUUUCCCCCCCAAUUGAAGGAGCAGAUGGUUGGAGGGAGAGGAUCCCCCUCGCCACAUAAGCACACACAUGCACGGAGUGAGAAACAAACAACAGCGAAGCCAGUUUGAGGACUGUCGAGCGCAGCUCUUCCUCGCUCUUUGCGGGGAUCUUUUUGGCAGGAAUACCCUCUGCAACAUCAGCGGACUGGAGGAGGAGACAGCAGAGGACAUGAGAGGUGGGGGUGAAUGAUACCCGUGAAAAUCCUCUGUUAAAAAAAGCAGCUUUAGACGGGGACGACAAAGCAGACUAAGUCCAGAUUAUUACCCUCAUUGACGGACUGUCACUGUGUCCAUUAUUUGGACGCCGUCCUGCAAAAAGACAAGGAGGGCCGUUUUUCCCCUGAGAGUGUAAAUAUUGACUGUGCUCCUGAUGAUGUUAUGACUGCGCAUGAUUCGAAUUUUGACAACAACUUGCGAAAUAACCCAUGGUAUGAGGCAAGUGACGGGCCGAGCAACACAACAACAUUUCUUUUGUCUGCGCUGGUGACAUCAUUGGCAUCCAAGAGCACAUGAGGUCUUCAGUCCAGGUCCAAACUCAUGUCCCAAAUAUCCCAAUCUUAACACGGGGUGCUUAAUCCAGAUUUGGGAAUGCUGGGCCGCACAGACUGCUGAGCCAACAAAACCACACCUCUCAAGGAUUUAUGGAAAUCUGAGCAAAUCUGAAAAACUUAAGGCUUGUAUCUGGAGGAGCUCAGCAUACAGUGACUGAUCCCAGGCACCAACCAGCAGUCCAAGAGUUUGGCCUCCAUUCAGGCUCAGCCUUCUUUUUAAAAGGGUCUGAAUUUAUUGCUGUUGGCCCAGGAAUCCAAUUUCAUGCAACCAUUCCAAUGGUGUAACGGAUGCUUGUGUGGUUUGAAUUCUCAGAGCUCUGAACACAACUGCAUCAUGACGUCCGACAUGUAUCACCUGCCACUCAAUGUGUACGUCAUUGUGCUGGGCAUCGGUCUCUUCGUCUUCAUGCUCAGUCUAAUCUUCUGCUGCUACCUUUUCCGGUUGAAACAACAAGGAACAAGGGAGCAGUUCAGCUACAACGAGGUGGUGUUGAAGGGAGCAAGCAAGAAACUAAGCCUUCUUGGACAAACCUGUGCAGUGUGUCUGGAAGAGUUCAGGACCAGAGAUGAACUGGGAGUGUGUCCGUGCUCUCAUGCAUUUCACAAGAAGUGCCUGCUCAAGUGGCUGGAGAUCCGCAGCGUAUGUCCAAUGUGCAACAAGCCCAUCCUCCGGCUCCACACAGACGGCCCGCAGGGUGCUGAGGCUCCAAUGGAGCCGGAGGAGGUGUGAGCAUGGCUGGGAGGAUCGGAGCGGACUUUUCUUAAAAAAAAAAGAACACAUCCAUUUAAAACACGACUCGAGAUGACCAUCGACUCACAGGACAUCUCGCAAAAAUAUCUGUUUAUGAUCCCAGAUGGCCGUGAUGCUGCUGACUUUUAAGCAAUAUUACAAACCGGGUGGAAUUGACAGAAGAUUUGGUAUAAGAUCAAAAGAAGGGAUAUUUUCUUUACAGCUUAACUCCCAUAACACACUGCUCAGCAACAGCCUGACUGGAAAAGGGGCAACAGAGUUCUGCACUGCUGGACAAUAGAACAACAGGAGCGGUGGUACAGAUACUUCUUCCACCUCACGGGUGUUACCAACCCAGCCAGCACAAAUAGUCCACACAUUAACCCCACAUGCAUUUUACAAUCAAUACUGCCACAGUGUGGGUCGCUGAAACACUCCAGCAGUCAAAUGGAAGCCUCGCCGUCUGGAUGACGCAACCAGCAGGACGGAUGUACGUAGGCAACAUUUCAGAUUGUGUGUCCAAGGAAGGUUUCUUUUGAAAGAUGGAUAGUAAACUAGCCUGUAUGUAUUGUACUAAAUGUGUCCCUGUAUAUUGUUAUUUUGUAUUUGUUGCUUUUAAAUAAAAUGUCAUGUAAUGUAUUGUAA